AUUUUUUGUUUGGCAGUUUAACAUUGAAUUUCGUGUGAUCAUCAUCACCAUGGACGAAUAACAUCUGCGCCGGGUCUGUCUCUCGCCUGCGUCUCUCCAGAAACACGCGCACCGCAAUAAUAAUUAAAUAGUAUUGUUUUUUUUGUUUUUUUUUUUUAUAUCACACACACGUAACAGUUUAAACGCGUAAACUCUUUGGUAUACCAAGAAGACAAUAAUAUUAUUAUAAUAACCGCGAUUUGCUGCAGUGUAGUGUGUACCGUGCGAGUGACAACCAGAAAAAUGCCUUACUUCCAGGUCAAUAGAAAACUCCUGUUGAUGAAAAUUCACUAUUUUUUAGGAAUCGGAGGUUAUGCACCGUUUUCUCCAUUUUUGACGACGAUAUCAAAACAACGUGGUUAUUCUGCAUUCAUUGUUGGUUUAAUAUUCAUGCUACAACCUAUUCCUGGAAUGCUGAUAAGACCAAUCGUUGGUGCCGUUACAGAUAAAUACAAGUGUCGCCGAUCGGUGUUUAUUGCGAGUUCAAUAAUCACGUUUUUAUUGGUAGGAUUACUAUCGAUAAUUCCUGGCACGACGGCAAAAGAGGAAAUGAACGAUUUGGACGCUAUCAAGUCGCCACUGUUUUGGAUGUUUUUUACUACAAUUGCCUUGAUCAACACGGACGGAACGGUGAAAAGUGUUUUAGAGGACACGAUUUGUAUGGAUUUAUUAGGCAAAGACAAAAAUAAUUAUGGAAAACAAAGGUUGUGGGGAUCCAUUGGUUGGAGUUUGUUUGCCAUUAUUUCCGGUGCAUGUGUAGACUGGUACAGCGCAGGUCUUGAGUACAAAAACUAUGCUCCAGGUUACGUCAUUGCAUUGCUAUGUUUCCUUUUAGAUAUAUAUGUGGUGUUUAAACUCAAGGUUGUACAAGAAAAUGAUACCAAAAUUGUAGCUUCUGAUGUGAAAAAAGUAUUCACUGAAGGUAAAGUACUCGCGUUUCUUCUUUGGGUUGUUUUAAUUGGAUUUUUUAUGUCUUUCAUAUGGAACUUCAUAUUUUGGUACCUGGAAGACUUGUCGAACGAGUUCCACCCCGAGACGAAAUCGUGGAUGAAGACUCUCCAAGGAAUAGCCCUACUAAUCCAAUGUUUCGGCGGCGAAGUGCCGUCGUUCCUUUUUUCCAGCUACAUACUGAAACGUGUGGAUCACAUGACCAUAUUCUCCAUGGUGUUUUUCACGUUCACGUUUAUAUUCUUUUUGUACACGGUCAUCGAGAACCCUCUUUGGGCACUACCAGUGGAGUUACUCAACGGGAUAACGUUCGCGCUGUCUUAUUCGGCAGCCAUUUCGUACGCGUCACUUAUAACUCCUGCCGGUGCUGAAGGAACACUCCAAGGAGUCGUCGGGACGGCUUACACGGGAAUAGGUGCGCCAGUUGGAAGCUUCGUUGGUGGUUAUAUGUUUAAACAUAUUGGAAGUAUUGCUUCGUUUAAGGUGUUGAGCGUGGUCGCACUUCUCACUUGUGCCAUACAAAUUAUUGUCAAUUAUAUAUUAAAGCGUUUGUCUAAAAAUGAAGAUGCCAAGGACAUUUAUAGUAAAGUUCAAACUAAAGAUGACAAUAUCGAAGAAGACAUAAAUUUAACAUCCUAGUAUUAUUUUGUCAGAAAAUUAUUUUGUUAUUAUUUAUAAAAGAAAUAGCUGCAUUUUGUGUUAUUGGUUUUUUGUUCAACAUUUUAUAUAUUUUAGAUUUUAUAAACUUAAAUAUCAUAUGAAAAAUCUCAAACAAGAACUGUUAUUACCGGUAAACAUAAUAUAGCAAUACAUUAAAACAUAA